AUGGGUAAAGCUAAAGGGAAGAAAAAUAGCAACACACCAUUAGAUAAUAAAGUUUCGGACCUUAUUUAUCGCUUGUUAGAAGAAAAGACCCUAGAUAAGAAAAGGGAAGCUGCACAAAUACCACAAACUGAUGUUGUUGAGGAUGAUCAAGAUGCGUUUGAUACAAUUUUUUUUGCAAAGGAUCUAACUGUGUCUGAAAUUUUCAAUUUUUGCAUGGUUAAGGAUCUUUCAAUGCAAAGAGUGAAAAAAGUUAUGUUAACAAAAACAAUUGAGAAAGUCUUAGCCCAAAUAGUCACUGAGGAACAAGAAGAGUUUUCCACAUUUCCUGAAUAUAAUGAACCUCAAGGUGAAGAUGAACUUGAUGGAACUGACUCUAAUGAAAAUGAAAUGAAGAAGAAAAAUUUAAUGAUUAACGCAGACUCAAACCAAAUGAAUAAAAGUGUCACAAAUCAGUGGGGGAUCACACCUGCACCUGUACCUGUACCUGCACCUUCCACAAGUGGGACAGAAACUACAGAUGAGUCUACCCAAAAGUCGAAUAAAAAGAGAACAAAAGAUAAUCAAACAAAGGUUAAGAGACAAAAGACAAAAGAGGAUCGUUCUCCACCUACUUCUAAUUUAAAACAAUUAGGUGGUAUGGAUGAUGUAAUUGCACAACUUAUGGAGCUUAUAGGGCUUCCAAUGUUACAUCCAGAAAUAUAUUUGACCACAGGAGUAGAGCCACCCAGAGGCGUCUUAUUACAUGGCCCCCCUGGUUGUGGGAAAACAUCCAUUGCAAAUGCUGUUGCUGGUGAAUUGAAAAUACCAUUUAUAUCAAUAUCUGCACCAUCGGUUGUUAGUGGAAUGUCGGGUGAAAGUGAAAAACGUAUCAGAGAUUUAUUUGAGGAAGCUAAGUCUUUGGCUCCAUGUCUAAUGUUUUUUGAUGAAAUUGAUGCUAUUACUCCAAAACGUGAUGGAGGUGCUCAAAGGGAGAUGGAACGAAGAAUUGUGGCCCAAUUAUUGACCUCGAUGGAUGAAUUAACUCUGGAAAAUACGAACGGUAAACCUGUUAUUGUUAUAGGUGCUACAAAUAGACCGGACUCCCUUGAUGCUGCAUUAAGAAGAGCCGGUAGAUUUGACAGAGAAAUUUGUUUAAAUGUUCCUAAUGAGGUUUCAAGAUUACACAUUCUUAGAAAAAUCACACAAUCAUUAAAAAUUGACGGGCAGAUUGAUUAUUCGCAAUUGGCUAAAUUAACACCAGGUUUCGUUGGGGCUGAUCUUAAGGCAUUAACCACUGCUGCCGGAACUUGUGCUAUUAAACGUAUUUUUGAAAACCAUAACAAUCUGUUAGCUAAUCCUCAAAAUGAUACCACGGUCAGUGAGAAUACUGAAGCUGACGAGGAUAUUCAAAUGGAGGAGGACACACCUUUGACAGAAAGUGAGAAUGGAAAAGAACAUGGCAAUUCAACACCGGAACAAACGUAUCUUAAGAAUACUGCAAAUAUGAUUGAUCCUUUGCCUUUGUCGGUGAUACAAAAAUUUAUUAAUAAUUUCCCAGAUCCAUUGACUGAUAGCCAGCUGGAGCAAUUGUCUAUUAGAUAUGAAGAUUUCUUAAAGGCCUUACCAACAAUUCAACCAACGGCUAAGAGAGAAGGGUUUGCUACUGUCCCAGAUGUUACUUGGGCUAAUGUUGGUGCAUUAAGUAAAAUUCGUAUUGAAUUAAAUAUGGCAAUUGUUCAACCAAUCAAAAGGCCUGAAUUAUAUGAAAGAGUUGGUAUAAAUGCACCUGCAGGCGUUCUAUUAUGGGGUCCACCUGGUUGUGGUAAGACGUUGUUAGCCAAGGCUGUUGCAAAUGAAUCUCGUGCAAACUUUAUAUCAAUUAAAGGACCAGAACUACUAAACAAAUAUGUGGGUGAAUCUGAGAGGGCAAUUAGACAAGUAUUUACAAGAGCUAGAGCAUCUGUGCCAUGUGUCAUUUUUUUCGAUGAAUUAGAUGCUUUGGUCCCAAGAAGAGACACAUCACUAUCCGAGUCAUCUUCAAGAGUUGUAAAUACUCUCUUAACAGAAUUAGAUGGUCUAAACGAUAGACGAGGUAUAUUCGUUAUUGGUGCCACUAAUAGACCUGACAUAAUAGAUCCUGCAAUGUUAAGACCAGGGAGACUUGACAAAACUUUAUUCAUUGAACUUCCUAACAAGGAAGAGAAACUCGAUAUCAUCAAAACAGUCACGAGAUCCAGUGGAACACCCCUCGCUAAAGACAUUGUAUUCGAAAAUAUUAUAUCUGAUGAACGUUGUAGAAACUAUUCUGGUGCAGAUUUGGCAGCAUUAGUAAGAGAAAGUUCAAUUUUAGCACUAAAGAGAAGUUUCUUUAAAACAGACGACAUACAAUCUGUUUUUGAUAAUAAUUUAGAUAAGGAAUUUGAAGACUUGAGUGUUGGGGUAUCAGAAGAUCAAAUAUUGAUUACGGCUAACGACUUUUUCAAAGCAUUGUCCAUGAUAAAACCUUCAGUAAGUGAUAAAGAUAGACUCAAGUACGAUAAAUUAAAUAAGCAAAUGGGUUGGAAUGAUGAUGUAAGGCUUGUCACUGAUGACAAUACCGAAUCGUCAGGUUAG